AUGCCCGACGAAGGCCACCCUGUUUCACCCCAGUCCAUCAAACGUCGCAUCCGACUGAGCAUAGCUCAGAAGCUCAAUGUCAUCGCUGUCGCUGAGAGCAGGACAGUGCAAGAGGCCGCGUCUACACUCGAAGACUCCGAGGGAUACAUCCGCUUGGGGAUGGCAAACCAAGCCAAGCUCAAGCGCUGCCGUGGUGUGAAGGUAACAAAGCACAACACGGUCAAGAGUAGGGCCAAACCUGUAAUCCCCGAUCCACAUGGCCUUGUCACCUACAUAAUGGACUUGCAUCGGCAAGCAAUGACGGUCACGUCCUCCCACAUGCUCGAAUACUUGCGUCAAUUUGCCGAACGUCGUGGAUUCUCACGCCAUCUACUCUACCGCCAAAAGAAGUCCCAAGAAGAACUGAAAUCCACGCGCAUUGCCUUCGGGAAGCAGUUCCACGAUGAGCACCCCGGCAUCUACGUGGACGUUUCGUACAACACUGACGAGAGUCGUAUGUACUACGCCACGUGA